UCAGAACGGGAAAAGUAGGCGUUUCGAGAUGUGGUAUUUUCUGUUUGUGGUAGUAGGGAGAUAACCAUAGUAACGCAUACAGGCGCACAUAGGUAGGUCUGAGGCCAACACAGAAGUAGGUGUUUUUGUGAGAGGCAUCGACUAUAGUUAUUUUCUUCCAUGUAUUUGUAAUGUUUGUUAUGUCAACUAACUGAAAACCUUCAGUUGUACAUGCGGAACUCUUUUUUUGCACAAACGCGUUUGCAAUGCUUGCAUCGGAGGCUGCAAUGACUAAAAGUUAUUUAACAACUUCAACUGGAUCGAAAGCCAAAGUGCAUCGAAGAAAACCUGCGAUCCCAGUUAUCAAACAUAUAGCAAAAGACAAUGAUCAAGAGAAACAGGAGAUUCUCACUAAACCUAUUGAACUCAGUCGUGUGAUACAUUUUCUUGAGGAUCCUUUAGCAGUAUGUGAUAAAUAUUUGUCAACAAAAUCAUUAAACUAUUACUAGGCUACUUUGAAAGAGAGACAGAUUUUUGCUUUGAAGAAAGUAGUGAAAAGACGUCAAAAAGGCUUUCUUUUGAAAGAGCUGGCUGAUGUUUUUAAGAUUUUAUAUAUCUGUGCUGAGAAGUCCAAAGAUCACCCUGAAUAUACUUCAGUGCUAUGUGACUUACUGAAGAUUUGUAGGCUUCCUUUUCUAAAGGAAAAGACCUCUGAUGAAGUGACCUACGCACAGACUGUCAAAGAAUCACUCUCUCAGAUGGGGUUCCUGAUGAGGGUGCCAAACGCUGAUGUGAGGAACCAAAUCUGCCACUCUAUUAUAUCCGUGUACAGCUCUGUGACAUCAAAACACAGUGUGGAUGGUAUGGACAGUCUUUCAAAGCCUGCAGCUGUCUCAAAGCCAGCUGUUCCCUCUCACAGAUUCUCUAAACAUUCAAUGAGACUCCACCCUACAAGCCUAGGUUACAGGGUGCAGCUGUUGGAGAAGAGUGGGCUGGCUGAGACUCUGGUCCUGUCCAUGGCCCUCCUGGAGAACCAGCCUGCAGUCAAGCUCCAUGUCCUACAGACUCUUCAGAUGCUCUCCAGCUCCUCUGAUGUGAACUGUAGCCUAAUAUUAAAGGCACAGGGGGCACAGCAGAUCUGUUUCCAUAUGAAUGAGCCAGACCCAUCAGGGCAAGUCCUAUUCCGCUCCUCGGAGAUCCUAUGGAACUUGCUGGAGAGAGGUUGCAAAGAGGAGGUUACAGCUCAACUCAGCAACAUGGACUGUAUUAUGGCUCUGAAAGAGGCAUUUUUGCACCAGCUGCUGAAUGGCUUUCGACAUUAUGACCUCCAACUCAGGAAUGAUCUACUGGUGAUCACAACUCUCAUAGCUGAAAACCCCAAAUCUCCACUCAUUGAGAGUUUAUUUGCCAAGCAGCUCGUUCUUUUUGUUACGUUUCCAGAACUCAAGAGUCACAACCCGUUGGUCCGCAACCUCAAGCUAUCCUAUAACAAUGAAGAUUUUGAGAUGAAAAGGUUGCUACUAAAUCUGGUUGUUGUCAUGUCAAAAGACUUAUCUGCUCUCCAGCUGUUCAAAGAGGGCCAUGUUGUCCUGGCCCUGCUCCACCUAGUGAAGCCCACUGCUGCUCCUCCAGAAGGCCAGUCAGGGCCACGCAACUGGAACACUGUCCAGCAGGAGGAGCUGCAGCUGCAGGCUCUGGCCACUCUGGCCACCGUGGCUCCACUGAUGCUGGAUGACUACAUGACCUGCCAGGGAAACACCUGCCUUCUGCUGCUGCUGGAGUGGUGCACUGAGCGAGAUGCCUACUUUGGACAGGGCCAUAGUUUCCAUGGCACUGGAGGGAGGGGCAGUAAGAAGGCUCAGAUGCGUUACUGUGUGAGGCUGCUGAGAUCCAUGGCGUCCCUAGGCAACGAAGCAAUCAACCAGGACCUCUUUGAUCAAGGAGCCAUCAGCCAGCUGCUUGUGAUCAUUAUGCAGAUGGAGGGGAGUCCUGAGGAGGAGGAUGUUAUUACCUUGGAGAUCAAGGCUGACAUUCAGCUGAUUCUGUCAGCACUCUGCGAGAACAAUCCACACAGAAAGGAAUUGUUUGGAUCGGAGGGAGUUGAGAUGACGGUGCAUUUCCUCAAGAUGAGCACGGAGAAGUUCUACAGUGGGCUGGGACACAACAAACUCAUCCUCUCCACCGUGGAUUGUGUCUGGUCCUGUAUCGUUGGAUGCUACACCACAGAAGAUGUAUUUUUGGAAAAAGAAGGCAUUUUCCUUCUGCUUGACUUGCUUCAUUCGAGCCCUAGGAACAUGCAGAACGUGGUCCUUGGAACCCUGCUGGAGCUGUGUGAUAACCCCAAGACGAUGUCUCACAUCCUGGCCUGGCGAGGGCAGAAGAGCCUGACUACCCCGGGGCUACUCUUACAGCUCUGGAGGCAGGAAGAGGCAGAGCUGGGGGUGAGCAGAGACCUCUAUGGAAGGAUCUCAGAUCCCAAGAAGCCUAUUCUGUGUUAUUACCAAGAGGAGGAGGAUUCCCAGGUAUCACUGCCUGCUAACAGGCCUAGUGCUGCAGUGAUGGAUGUGUCUGAGAACCUUCGCUCCAAGAUCUACUCUGUCUUCUGUAAACUUGGUUUUGAAGCCCUGCCUGGAUUGUCAACUGAAGAUUAUAUCACCCUAAGCAUUGUCACCAGAUAUCUGGACUUUAAGGUUGGCGAGGUGUGGGAUGAGAUCUCCAAAGAGUUGAGCCUGGAGGGAGUGAGACCAGUCACCCCUGACGAAGAGGCCCUGGAUACCAUUGCUAAGAUGACAGAGGACACAGCCAGGAGAGUCACCACACAGCAGAGCAGCAUGCUGGAGCAACGGGACAAGGAGGACGUCAGUGAGGAGAAACGCAUGUAUACAGAGAUAAGUUACAACUGGAAACAGCAGGAGCUUACAGCCCAGUCUUGGGAGCAUUUUGUGGCAAAGACAUCAAAUUACAAGAUUUUAAAGGAGACAAAAGAGCAUCAGGAGAGAACUAUUUACUCAUCCAGACCUAAACCAAAGUACAAGGAAGCUAUAUUCCAUCCUACACAGAUUCAUGGCUUACAAAUUACAAAAUUCUGUGGGCGGGUGAUGACUGUAGAGAGCACUCCAGCCAACCUGACAGGAGGGCCCCUGGCCAAUACAGAGCUGGCCCUGGAGAGGGUGCCCAUCCAGGGUGGAGCCCUGAGGAAACUCCCCACUGCCACUGAGGACCCAGAGUAUUUCAACACAGUUUCAGUCAAAUAAAUACCCCACCUCCUCUUAUAGCUUUGCUCAGUGUUGGUUCACUAUUUACUGUCUCCAUGUACAAUUUGGUGUGUUAGCUUGAGAGUGAACAUACAGACAGGAAUUCAUCAAUCCAGCAUGAACAAUCAAAAAUAGACUACUAGUAUCUACUAGGAACAGAUAUUAAUGGAUGGAUUAAACAGAUUUGAAAUGAUUAAAAUUGUGCUGUAACUGAAUUUUG